AUGACAACAAAUAACGAUGAGGAAAAAGUUGAAAAAUAUAGCCAUUUUAGAACGAUAUUGUGUAAAAAAUUUCUUUUGGGGCUGAAACUAACAAAUAUUUUUCAUUUUCCCAAAGUAAAGGCUCAGGAACCAAACUCUGACACCACAGUCACAAACAGUAAAAACAAUGACAAAGAGGUCAAUGAUUAUAGUGCUAGUGCACCCUCCUCGUCUUCAAUAAACACUGGAGAAAUUAAAUCACACCCCAGCAGAACGAAUGUAAUAAAUGGUGUUGACAUAAGCCAAUUUAUAUCAGAAAAUGAAGUCCAAAAAUACUUACAAAAUGAAUCUGGGAGGGAUAGACUGCUUGAAAUGUUUUCUAGAAACCAUUUGAAUGAGUACAGUUCUCAAGUAAGAUUUAUUGCCAGAGUUGUAGGAGAAGUAGCAGUAUUGUCUUGUAUCAUAUUUUCAUACAAGUUUGGUCAGGGUGUAUCUGAAGAUUUUAAGCGUAAUAAUAGAGGUACAUUAUAUAGUUCCAGAUAUUUAGCAAAGAGGAGGUUCAAUGACCAUUUGAUACUUAGUUCAAUGAAAAAUGGUCUGCAUUGGUCUUUUAAAAUUUCAUCAUUUACAGCUAUGUAUUUAUUGUUAUCUCAAUCAAUUUCUACAUACAAAAAUAAGACAUCACCUUUAGAAUAUGGAAUUGCAGGAGAAGAUUCUAAUACCGGAAAUAGACGUCAGACCUCACAAAUGAAAGUAUCAUCAGAUAGCCAAGGUCAAUGA